UUCCGGCGCUCCACUUCCGGCGCGGGGGCGGGCCGGGGCGGCUGUUCGGGCCCUGCGCGGCGAUGGGGGACGUGAAGAACUUUCUGUACGCGUGGUGCGGGCGGCGGCGGCUCAGCCCCGCCUACGAGAUCCGCGCCGGCGGCACCCGCGGCCGCCCCGGCUUCCGCUGCGAGGUGCGAGUGGAAGGCUUUAACUACAUUGGCAUGGGCAGCUCGACCAACAAGAAGGAUGCACAGAGUAACGCUGCUCGAGACUUUGUCAACUACUUAGUGCGGGUGAAUGAGAUGAAGAGAGAGGAAGUUCCUGCUUUUGGACCAGCAACUGGUGAUGCCCUUGAUGGACACGAAGCCGCUAGAGAUGUUUCUGGUUCUAGUUCUACUCUGGGUGGACCUCUUCCUCCGCAUUUGAUUAUAGCGGCGGAACAGACGAAAAUAGGCAAUGGCCCAGACGCAGCAUCUGGAACCUCUGGCAGUAGUGGAGCUCAGUGGGAUCGGGGUGCGAAUCUGAAAGAUUACUAUUCAAAGAGAGAGGAGCAAGAAGUGCAGGCAACCUCACAAUCAGAAGUGGAAUUAGAUGCUGAUCUUCAUGGGGGCUGGACCUUGGAAAAUGCCAAGGCACGUCUGAACCAGUUUUUCCAAAAGGAGAAGAUUCAGGAAGAAUAUAAAUACACUGAAAUGGGGCCUGAUCACAACAGGAGCUUUAUUGCAGAAAUGAACAUUUAUGUGAAGCAGUUAUGCAGAAGGAUUUUCAGUCGUGAGCACGGAUCAAACAAAAAGCUGGCAGCGCAGGCCUGUGCCCUGUCCUUGGUUAGACAGCUCUACCAUCUCGGUGUCAUAGAACCUUACUCUGGGCAGACAAAGAAAAAAGGCGAAUCGAUGGAACCCUACGAGGUGUCGCUCUCUCCUGACUUAGAAAAUCAGCUGCAGAAGACUGUCCGGGAGCUGUCUCUGGAGACUGUGCCUUUGCCUGAAGAUCCCAGUAAUCCAGUUCUGAUUAACGUUGGGAAGCUGGCCCAUUUUGAACCAUCGCAGAGACAGAAUCACGCGGGAGUUGUUCCAUGGUCACCACCUUAUGCCAACUGGAACCCUUGGACCAGCUGCAAUAUUGAUGAGGGUCCUCUGGCAAAUCUCACUCCAGAGCAAAUAAGCACUGAUUUGAAAAGUGAUUUCUUGUACCGUUUGGAGCACGAUGAAGAAUUACAAAGGAUCCAAGAAGAGAGGGAGACCUUACCUGUGAAGAAUUUUGAAAGUGAAAUUCUGGAUGCAGUCCAUCACAAUUCAGUUGUUGUAAUUCGUGGUGCCACAGGUUGCGGCAAAACCACACAGGUGCCGCAGUACAUCCUGGAUGAGUACAUCAGAACCAACAGAGCUGCGGAGUGCAACAUCGUAGUGACACAGCCUCGGAGGAUCAGUGCAGUUUCUGUAGCGGAGCGUGUGUCAUAUGAGAGAGGAGAAGAACCCGGACAAAGCUGUGGAUACAGCGUUCGAUUUGAAUCUGUGCUUCCUCGGCCUCAUGCCAGCAUGAUGUUCUGCACUGUAGGUGUUCUUCUGAGAAAAGUAGAGACGGGCAUCCGUGGCAUUAGUCACGUUAUCGUUGAUGAGAUCCACGAGAGAGACAUCAAUACUGACUUUCUCUUGGUGGUGCUGAGAGAUGUGGUUCAGGCAUAUCCUGAAAUCAGGAUUGUCCUCAUGUCUGCCACCAUUGAUACCAGUAUGUUUUGUGAAUACUUCUUCAACUGUCCUAUCAUUGAGGUCUUUGGUAGAACCUACCCCGUCCAAGAUUAUUUUCUGGAAGAUUGCAUUCAACUGACUCAGUUCGUUCCUCCUCCAAAGGAAAAGAAGAAGAAAGAGAAGGAUGAAGAAAAUGGCGAAGAAGAUGAUGCCAAUUGCAACCUUAUUUGCAGCGAUGAGUAUGGCCUAGAAACAAAGCACUCCAUGGCUCAGCUGAGUGAGAGAGAAACUUCUUUCGAGCUCAUUGAGGCCCUGCUAGUUUAUAUCAAGACUCUGAAUGUCCCGGGAGCUGUACUUGUUUUCUUGCCUGGCUGGAACUUGAUAUAUACAAUGCAGAAGCAUCUAGAAAUGAAUCCACGCUUUGGAGGCCACCAGUAUAGAAUUUUACCUCUGCAUUCGCAAAUUCCUCUGGAAGAACAGCGCCGAGUAUUUGAUCCGGUGCCUCCUGGAGUAACGAAAGUUAUUUUAUCUACCAGCAUUGCGGAGACCAGCAUUACCAUCAAUGACGUGGUCUACGUUAUAGACUCCUGCAAGCAAAAAGUGAAGCUGUUCACUGCUCAUAAUAACAUGACAAACUAUGCCACAGUCUGGGCAUCCAAAACUAAUUUGGAGCAGCGGAAAGGAAGAGCUGGACGUGUGCGCCCUGGAUUUUGUUUCCAUUUGUGCAGCAGAGCUCGCUUUGAAAGACUUCAAACUCAUAUGACACCCGAAAUGUUUCGAACACCACUUCACGAAAUUGCUUUGAGCAUCAAAUUGCUGCGGCUGGGAGGAAUUGGUCAAUUUUUGGCCAAAGCAAUAGAACCACCGCCUUUAGAUGCAGUGAUUGAAGCAGAACGCACACUAAAAGAGCUUGAUGCCCUGGACUCCAACGAUGAGUUGACACCUCUUGGAAGAAUCCUAGCCAAACUGCCCAUUGAACCUCGUCUUGGCAAGAUGAUGAUAAUGGGCUGUAUUUUCUACGUGGGAGAUGCUGUUUGUACCAUCUCUGCAGCCACCUGUUUCCCUGAACCUUUCAUCAGUGAAGGCAAACGCCUGGGUUAUGUCCAUAGGAAUUUUGCUGGGACGAGGUUUUCAGACCAUGUUGCUUUGCUCUCCGUCUUCCAAGCCUGGGAUGAUGCAAGAAUGGGUGGUGAAGAAGCAGAAAAAAGGUUUUGCGAACACAAAAGGCUCAGCAUGUCUACUCUGCGAAUGACCUGGGAAGCAAAAGUCCAGCUGAAGGAAAUACUUGUCAGCUCUGGCUUCCCUGAAGAGUGUUUGACGACUCAGCCGUUUAACAACACUGGACCAGAUAACAAUCUGGAUGUUGUAAUCUCCCUGCUUGCUUUUGGGGUCUAUCCCAACGUCUGCUACCACAAGGAGAAGAGGAAGAUUCUUACCACUGAGGGGCACAGUGCACUCAUCCACAAGUCCUCUGUCAACUGCCCUUUCAGCAGCCAGGACAUCAAGUAUCCAUCGCCUUUUUUUGUUUUUGGAGAAAAGAUUCGAACGCGAGCCAUCUCUGCCAAAGCGAUGACUUUGGUGAGCCCGCUGCAGCUGCUUCUCUUCGGCUCCAAGAAGGUCCUGUCGGAUGGGGAGAUCGUUCUGGUCGAUGACUGGAUCAAGCUGAGGAUGCCCCACAACGCGGCUGCCUGCAUCACCGCUCUGCGUGCUGCGAUGGAGGCUCUUGUGGUGGAAGUGACUAAAGAUCCGGAGAUCAUUCGGCAGCUGGACCCAGCGCAUGAGCGAAUGCUGAAUGUGAUCCGUCAGAUCUCCCGUCCGUCUGCCGCAGGCAUCCGCCUCAUGGCUGCCAGCGCGAGGUUCGGAGAUGGUCCUCGCCCCCCCAAAAUGGCUCGCUACGACAGCGGAGGCGGCUGGGGUGGUGGUUACCCGCGGGGCUCCGGCUACCGGGGCCGCGGGUACGGUGGCUACAGCUACUCCAACCGGCGCACCGGAGGAGGAUACCAAGUGCCCUCCAGCCAUGGAGGACAGCAAGAGUUGCUCUCCUUGCCGAGAGCAGCUUCCAGCCCCUCUUGUGUGAUGCCGCCAGGGCUGCUCCUCGCCCCAUCACACGUAGCUCCGUGAAGCAGGAACACAAGAGAAGCCUCCAAAGUUCUCUCACAUAAUUCGUAGCAGGAUGAACAAUUGCUUCAUUGAGCUGUCUCCUGUUUGUGCUCUGGAACCUGAGUGGAUUGGCAAUCCUGACUGCAGGAUGCAAGGAGAAUAACACACUGGGAGAACAUCUGCUGUCCCAGCUGUGACCUGGAAGGAAAGUUGACCGUGAGUGCUUGGGUUCAGCAUGAGAAAGAUGCUUAACUGUCCGUUGCACACCUCAGAGGACUGGUGAGGUUAAGUGUGGUCUUGUUUGUGCAGCACUGUUCAAUCUGUUUUCUCUGUUUGGAAAGUCAGAUGUUGCUAAACGGACACCCGGCCGUGCAGCUUCCAGGGGUCGAGCAGUUGGCGUUGCCUCUGGUCCGGAGACAUGGGAUUUGUUAGAGCCGUAGGCACUGGGGUGGGCACUGUGGGUGCCACAGUGGAGCUGGAGGUGAGGUGAAUACAAGAAAAGGCUUUUAAGCUUGACUUCUUCUACAGGUUAAAACACCAGGGAGGUCUCCUCCAGCUUGGCUACUUUGGGUCUUACAGCCUUAGAUCCAGCAGGGCAAGGAAUAUCUGGAAGAGAUAAACAUGAGGGAGGGAAAGACAAUAACUUUCAAUGUUUUCCCAAAUCAGGGCAAGCUGAAAAGAACUGCUGGUGAUUAUCUGGAAGCUUUAGCACGCUUUCAGAGGCCGUGUGGGGAAUUAUGUUUAUAUUUUCAUCCACGACUUGGAAGGGAGUUCCCCAGAGGGUCACCCAUCUGGUGAAACUCCUGAAAUCCCUUUCACCCAUUAUGCGACCGACUUCAGGAUAAGGAGAAACACAGGCGGUUCAGGAAAAUGGAGGAGAAGCUGAAUAUGUCUGUGGGUUUGUGUAGCCUCAAACAAGGGUAUAAAAGCCAUCAAAAUGGUAUCUGGUGGUGUCUGAUAAACCAGUAGCGUUCAAGCAUCGGCCUUCCCUACCAGCGGACGUAACCAGGGGUGCUUCUUAGUUCUAAAUACAGGAAAACGCAGGAGUGAACAAACUUGUACGGAGCAUCAGGUACUGUUUCGGAGCUCUGGGAGCUGCACUGAAGCGUUGGUGAAAGUGGUAUGCGAGGUAUGUAUCGCUGCAUAAAGAUGUUUAUGUUCUGGAGCCUUUUUGUUUUCUUAACCUUUGAAGUUAAACAGUUGGGGUGGCAAAAUCUUGGUUGCCACAAGCCAGUAGCUGAUGGGGAGGUGUGAAAUGUGCUUGGAGAAGGACUCAAGCCCAAGAGUGGACUUUCUAGGUUAAAAAAACCCACCACGAGGUGCUGUUUUAAAGAGCUUUCUGUGAAUUA